AUGGGCUCGACAACUGAGAAGCUCAGACAAACACAACUGGAGCCGGUAUAUUACCAGCCGGAGGCGCUCCAUCUGGUGGCUCUAACUCUAUGGCUCUUUCUCUACCAGCACCAGCUCCUAGUUGGAACCGUCCACGAAACACACAUCUGUAUCACCACCGUCGACUAUCUGCUCUCCAACGCUCCCAUGGCUCAGAACGUAUACGCACUAAUCGUCGCCAUCGACGAGUACAAAUCCCCCGACAUCCGCAACCUCCGCCAAUGCGUCUCAGACUCAUCCCUGAUCUACAACUACCUCCUCGAAGCAUUCGGACCGCACAACGCUACUUCCAACAUCCGUAUCCUGCGUAACGAACAGGCGACGCGCUCAGCUAUCAUCUCUACCUUUCGCAGUCAUCUGGUCGAUAACCCUGCGAUUGAGGCUGAUGACCCUGUUGUGUUUUACUUUGCGGGGCAUGGCGCGAGGACGAUGAAACCAGAGGAUUGGCCUGUCAGUUCGUGGGAUAUGAAGAUCGAAGCGAUCUGUCCGUACGAUGAGCGGUGUGAGGUUGAGGAGAGUGGGGAGGGUGCGGAAGGCGACGAGCGCGCAGAAGAUAGGGAGGUCGUCAGGUGUAUACCCGAUGUGACUAUGGGAAAGCUGUUAAAGCAGUUGGAGGUCAAGGGCAGGAGGAACAUUACCGUCAUCCUGGACUGCUGUCACUCUGGAGGCGGGAUACGAAAGACAGAAGAUUACAUCGACGUCCGAUGCCGUGAUGCCCUACCCAUCGACGAAUCGCCCUUCCCUCUCUCCAUCGACCGUGCAAUCUGGGAACUCCCUGAACUCGCGACGCGACCCCCCUCUCCAUUCGAACCGGACCAAAACUCGCGCAUCUUCGGCUCCGAGAUCCUCAUGGCUGCCUGUACCGCCAACGAAGAAGCCAAAGACGGAUACUUCACCACCAAGCUCGUGGAAGGACUCAGAAAGCGUAUCGGGGUCGAUACAACAGUCUCGGAUCUCAUCCCCUUGGUCCCUCCCUCCACCAAGCAACACCCCGUGUUCCAAGGCAAGCCCACCAAGAUCAUCUUCACGAACAAGGUCAUCGAUAAGGAGCGCCGCAAGUUCUUGUUGAAGACUAUUCCCGGGGACAAGUUCCAGGUGAACGCUGGCAGCAUCCACGGGAUCGCGAAUGAUGCGCUGUUCCAGUUGGAAGACGGCGGAGGGACGCUGAAAGUCGAGCAGACGCAGGUGUUCCGUUCUGUGCUUGUCAGAACGGCGUCUACGCCUGAGUCUGUUGAGAUUCCAGACCAGACGCCUGUCUAUGCGAUCCCGAGUCUUCGGGAUGCUGUUAUAGCGGUUUGGAUGGACGAGGAGCUCCGGAGGCGUGUUGGUGUACCGCACACGACGAGCGAGUCGUGGUAUACCAUCGUUUAUGACCCGUCCCGUGCGAAUGCGCUGGUGACGUUUGAGCCGUCGGAUGGGAGAGCGGAGGAUGCUGUCCAAGUUGAGCUCACCGAGCCUCUCUUCCGCAGCACCGGGUCUGACAAAACCGCCUUCACCUGGUCCAGCGUGUACAACCGGUUCUCAGAGUUCCUCGACGCCAUCGCGCUCUUUCGUUACCAAUUGGGCCGGCACAGCGGGUCCGGGACUCUGUUCACGUCCUAUCCCGAACCUAACCAGGUGAAAGAUACUUUGUGCCGGGACAUCGAUGUUGCGCUUUACAAGGUGGUUAAGAAAAUUAUAUUUAUGCAGCCAGAGGACCCGGCUACGAAUCUGUUCAACGAGGAUGGGGUUGCUGUUCUGCCGGAUUCGACUGUGGACCAGUACGGGCUUCGUGUGUUGAACAAGAGGAAGAAGGAUUUGUAUAUCUAUAUUUUCUACUUCAACCCUGCAGACCUCAGUAUCCAGGCAUGGAGCUACCUACAAGCCAGCUCCGUCAAAGAAGGCGAAACAGUCUCCAUCGGGUACGGAACAGGCGGAGCACCCAUCCAAUUCGAGCUCGACGACCCCACGCGCGAGGAGAGCGGGUUCGUCAAGGUGUUUGUCUCGACGCAUCAGGUGGAGAGGAUGGAUUUUAUUGAGCAGGCAGGUGCUGGGGUUCCGCAGCAGUUUAGGAAGCUUGGGCCGAAGGAUAUUGGGGCUGAGAAGGAGAAGUGGGGUGCGUGGCUUGGGGUUAUUAGGGUUACCCCUAGAGUUAAGGCUUGA